AUGAAACGCAAACACCACGAAGCCCAAAUAGAUGGCAUAAAACGAUUGAAGAAUGAAAUUGAGGUUUUCAGAAAGGCGCUGUGCGAAGAAUUUGGUGACAACUUCGACCACAGUCUAGGGAGUCUUCAAGGCGUAAAAGUGGCGGCGCUCAAGCGUAUAUGUGCUAUGUUUGGUCUUCACGUUGAAAAGAGCGGCGGUGUUCAUCGACCAACCCAUAUCAAACAGGACUACAUUGAUAGCAUAUUAACGCACCUGACUCGGCUGAAGGAUGAACCUGAAGCCGAAGAUUUUGACAUGGAGGUAGACAGUGAGAUUCAGCUGCUGGCACCAACCAAUGUGAACAGCCGAGCUUGCAUCAAAGUUAGACUCUACAACAACGCACGCGAUUACUGCACGGAAUAUCUCGACGAGAUGGAGAUAACGUAUCACCACGCAGUUGGGAUCGUGAUUGGCGACUUGAAAGCCAUGUUGGGGUCCGAUACAGCUCAGAUGCUAAUUGAACUCGGAUUGAUUGAACCUCUUUUAAAAUUUGAAGAUAAUACAUCCAAGCAGCCACAAACCAAUUGCGGAGCCCAGUAA